GGGGAGGUGGGGGUGGCUGGAGGCCUACACUCCCGAAUCUCAGUGCCUUCUCUUUGCAGCGCUGCGGCAUUGGCUGCUGUGGCAUUGCCUCCUGUGGCCGUGGCUGCUGUGGGCCGUUCUCGCUUGCCCAGAUACCACCUUCAGCUCCAGUCUCUGGUGAGACCCGAGGACCCUGCGACAUGUCCUCCGCUACAAAUGCGAUCAUCCGGGCCAUGAGGGAGAAGCCAGGGACCAAAGCAGGCUGGGAAUUCCCUCCGCCACUGGACUCCAAGAAAUGUUAGGAAUUACCUAAGAAUUCCUGCAAGGGGAAACGAAAAGCAAGAGUGAAAAUUCCCCUGCCAGACACUAGGGGGAGACCCAUCUCUAGCCUGGGAAGCGGGGGAGGAGGCGAGGUCUAUUUUAGGCAAUUCCCCAAGUUGUUUGCUGGUGACCUGUGAUAAACCAACCAAACCCAGCCCGAGCUUUAAGAAGACGGGCAGUGACGGCCGAGUCCGGGCGGUGGAACUGGCGAGGGCUGCAAACGCGUCUCCCUGUCUCCGCAUGCCCAGACCAGUUUGGUUAGAACUAGAAGCUGAAGAGGGCCAGGGUCAUACAGCUGGUCUGCCAGGACACAGGUUCGCCCAGACAGGAGGCCCGUUUCCUCACGCCCGAAGGCGAUCAAGACCCGCCCCAUAAUCUGUGGGACCCAGGGCAGGACAAAAGCGCUUGGCCCUUUGUUCCAAAAGUAUCAAUUCUCUCAAGAUCGCGACAGCAGAGCAUUAAAGGGGGUUGGGUUGGUGCGCUGGUCCUGGUGCGGCAGCCAAGGCAAUCUGUCCUCGGGGUCCACAGGAAAUCCUCCAGCGGCCAGCGGUCCAGUCGCGUCCUGAAGACGCCCCGAAACCCACACUUGUUCAUGCGCCCCCCAUCGCGGAACCAGCGGCUCCGCGGGUCUGCGUUCCCUGGGGUUGUCCUUCCUGCCUCUCCCGAGUCUCCCCGCCCCUGCCCCGCCCCGCAGCCUGCGGUCCCUUUAAAGGCCGCUGGUCUGGGGCCGCCCUCCUCUCGAGGCGAACUCGGGAGUAGCGUCGGCGCCGCGCUGCGCACCGGGCGGGCAUGGUCAUGGCGUCCCCGGCCAUUGGGCAGCGCCCGUACCGGCUGCUCUUGGACCCAGAGCCGCCGCGCUAUCUGCAGACCCUGAGCGGCCCGGAGCCGCCGCCGCCGCCGCUGCCGCUGCCGCCCCCCGGCCGGGCCUCCCGCCGCUGCGCCCCGGCGCCCAUCUCCACUGCGCCCGGGGCGCACGAGGGGCGCGGCGCCCGAAGAGCUCCCCGCGGGGACCUGGACCCCCCACCCCGGGCCUCCCGCCCCGCUCGCCCUCUCCGGCCCGGGCUGCAGCAGAGACUGCGGCGGCGGCCUGGAGCGCCCCGGCCGCGAGACGUGCGGAGCAUCUUCGAGCAGCCGCAGGAUCCCCGCGUCCCGGCGGAGCGAGGCGAGGGGCACCGCUUCACCGACCUGGCGCUGCGGAGCGGCCGCGGCUGGUGCGACCUGUGCGGACGAGAGGUGCUGCGGCAGGCGCUGCGCUGCGCUAACUGUAAAUUCACCUGCCACCCUGAGUGCCGCCACCUGAUCCAGCUGGACUGCAGUCAGCAGCAAGGCCCGCUCCCGGACAGGCCUUCUCCAGAAUGCACCCUCACGCCGCCGACCUCUGGCCAGAAUGUCUGUAAACCCGCGGAGGAGCUGCGGCGCCCGCCCACACUGCAGGAGAUCAAGCAGCAGAUCGCCAGCUACAACAGCCGUGAGAAGAACUGCCUGGGCAUGAAGCUGAGUGAAGACGGCACCUACACAGGUUUCAUCAAAGUGCAUUUGAAACUUCGGCGGCCGGUGACGGUACCUGCUGGGAUCCGGCCCCAGUCCAUCUACGACGCCAUCAAGGAAGUGAACCUGGCGGCCACCACGGACAAGCGGACGUCCUUCUACCUGCCGCUCGACGCCAUCAAGCAGCUGCACAUCAGCAGCACCACCACGGUCAGCGAGGUCAUCCAGGGGCUGCUCAAGAAGUUCAUGGUCGUGGACAAUCCCCAGAAGUUUGCACUUUUUAAGCGGAUACACAAGGACGGGCAAGUGGGAUGCCUUUUCCAUCCCCGAGCUCCAGAACUUCCUAACCAUCCUGGAAAAAGAAGAGCAGGACAAAAUCCAACAAGUGCAGAAGAAGUACGACAAGUUUAGGCAGAAACUGGAGGAGGCCUUGAGAGAGUCCCAAGGCCAACCUGGCUAACCGGUCCUGCUUCCUGGCUCCCAGCGCCCACGGAUUUAUUUUUAUUAUUAAUUAUUAUUUUGCAACAGACACUUUUUCUCAGGACACCUCUGAGGGAUGCAUGUGUGCCCACCAGCAGGCCCAGAUGCGGCGCAGCCUCUGAUGGACACGUGUGUGCACGGGGCUGGGUCCUGCCCACGGCUGCGCAGCGCCCGUCUGCACCUGCCAAGUGGCACUUGUGCCAAGAGCAACCGGCGUCCUCCCACAACCUGCAAGCCUUUCACAAACCAAAUAGUUGCCUCCUUUAUUUCUCCUUUACGUGCCACCCACUGGAUCUUAUUUAUGAGUUAAAAGCUGUAGCAUAUUCCUUUAGCAGGUCUGAGCUAAGUUCCCGAAAGCAGGAUGAUGCUCAUAAAAGGACUGUCCCGCACUGGCCCCGGGUCAGAAGUACCAGGGCUGAGGUUGGCUCAGAGAUUUCUGGGGAAGCUGCGGCCUGGCCCUGGCCCUCACCGCCGGAGCCUGUGCACAUGUGAGCCCAGAGGCAGAUGUACACCUGCGUGUGUGUGGUGCUUCGCCGCGUCUUUGUCAACAACUGUUUGUUCUUCAGUUACAACUGUAUUUAUACUGCCAUCGUCCUCGUGUUUCCACCAAGGAAACCGGCUACUCGCCAUUUUAGACGUCUCCUGCUAGCACGGCAAUCAGGCAGCCAGAGGAAGCCAAAGAGCUUGCGGAGAAACGUGUCCGAAUGUCUGCAGCUUUCCACCAGCGAGAGGACGGGGAGGCCUGGCUGCCUUGGCCCUGGGCCUCUCCUGGGUGGGGGCAUGGAAUCUGGUGCUGCCAGAGGAUCCCACCCAGCCACGUGGUCCUGUGUGUUCUGCAGCACGGGCCGGCCAGCGGCCAGCGGCACUGCGCUCAGCGAGCGUGGGGCUGGCCUCCCGCUGACCUCCCCGCUGACCUCAGUGCCUUUUUGUUUCCAGAGAGACGGGAGCAGGGAGCUUGUCGGAAGCUUUGCAGCUGGCUUGUUCCUGCCAGGAAGUGGGCCACAGCGGUGUGGGAGACAAGGCCCGGAGAGCCCUCCCUCUCCGUGUGGGGUCAGGGGUCAGGGUCAAGCCUUCUUCCCAUCGAAGUUCCUGGGCUUUGAUUCCCAGAAGAGAUGUCAAACCACAUUGCCAGGGCGGGUCAGGUUCCGGGCUCUCACUUGUACUGGCUCCUUGUUUCAGCCCAAACGUAAGUACACCAGCCACACAGCGCGAGCACGUAGCCGGAUGCAGACACUCCAGUGCUGAGGGAGAAAGAUGUAACUUUCAAAGCAGGGCAGGUUUUUCAGUCUGGCCUCUGAGACCUUUCUUCGACGUCCUCUGCCUUCCCCAGUCCCGCUGGGGUUGGUUCAAGCCUCGGUUCCUCGUGCAGCCUCGCUGAGCCCACACUGCCCUGGUCCCAGAAGCAGUGCUGACCCUUCAUCGUACAGACUGUGCUCGUCUCCAGAGCUGCAGAAGCCAGACGGGCUGGCAGCGUGAGAAGAUUUUAAUCACAGAACCCUAUGGCCUGCCAUCUCAUGCUCAGCCUUAGCACCCUCCCUCCCCGGAAAGCCUCCCUCCUGUGUAGUUCAGGGAGCAGCCGCGUCCUUUCCCUUCACGCUGCAUGUCUCUACCACGGACAGAAGGCACGGCUCCUGCUGCAACGCUGUGAAUGCUGCUGAGAACCUCCUGACGGGGGUGGCUGCUUUAUUUUUGGAAAAGAAAACAAAACUCAUGUACGCGUAUACCAUAAAGGCACAUACUAUGUAUAAAGAGAUAGGGAGGGGUGUUUAUGAAACAAGAACGUUACGGGAAAACGCAGACUUCAUCUGAAGCACAGUUAACCCAGGACCCAGGGUCCGAGCCUCCGAAAACAGGAUGGACCAAGAACCCCCCCCUCCCCGGGGAGGGCGUGACUGCUGGUAGUGCCUUCUAUCCUCCUGUUUCCCAGUGUGUGUGUUUUGAGGAUAUUUUCUCAUUAAAUGUCUUUCUUAUAUGGGUUUAAAAAAAUAAAGUUCAUUGCAAAAGUGA